AGCGAGAAGAUGGGGCCAGUUGCCUACUUCGGCCUCUGCCUCCUCGGCUGCCUGAUCUUUAACCCCUUGAUGGAAGGAACAGGGGCCACGUCCUGUCCCAGUGACUGGCUGUUCUACCAAGGUCAAUGCUACGCGUUGUUCCCUGAAGAGGUGUCCUGGUCAGAAGCUGAGGUGCAGUGUCAAUAUCACCACAAAGGAGCCCAUCUCGCCUCCAUUCUCACUGAGGCAGAAGGGAACACGGUGGCCAGAUACAUCACCGAGUCAGGCUUCAAGGAUCGCGUCUGGAUCGGACUGCACGAUCCCCGGAAGUACAGACGCUGGAGGUGGAGAGAUCGCUCCCUGUAUCACUACAAAGCUUGGAACACCAGGGAACCAAACAAUAAUCAUGGUGUCGAGUACUGUACUGAGCUGCUGAAUUACAGGGGUUUUAAGAACUGGAAUGAUAAAGACUGUCAUACGAAAAAUGGCUACGUUUGCAAGUAUCGACCCUAG